AUGGAUGUCCGAAGCGUGGAAGAGUGGAGCAAAGGCGCACGGGAGGUGGCAGUCCUCGACUCGCGGCAACAGAGCCCGAGAGUGGUGGAGAGGGGCGGAGAGCAGCAGCUCGAGGAGUCCCGCUACGAACCUGGACUGACGCUCGUGGACAGCGGCAGCGACCCACGCGCCUGGCUGGCUCUGGUGCAGCCUUCUGGCACCUGCGCGGCACACGCCACUUCACCCGACUACCUGCGGCACUCGCCCUGUUCGAGUACCGGCUCCUACCACGAAAGUGGCUCCCCGGAGUCCUCGGGCCAUCCCAGCCCUCCCAGCUACAGAAAAACUGCCAAGAGCCCCUCCUCUUCUUCGCUCAAAGUCAGGGACCUGUGCCGUCUUAAAGGCACGGUCACCGGGUGCGAGGAGGACGCAUCCACGAGACAGAGAGCCCCGUCCAGCAAGCCCAUCAACGGGGUCCAGAAGCAGAGGCGCGUGGCCGCCAACGCGCGCGAGAGGCGGCGGAUGCACGGGCUUAACCACGCGUUUGACGAGCUACGCAGCGUCAUCCCGGCGUUUGACAACGACAAGAAGCUCUCCAAGUAUGAAACUUUACAGAUGGCGCAGAUUUACAUCAACGCGCUGGCUGAGCUGCUCCAGGGUCCGGUCUCCUCCAGCAACAGCAGCAACGACGUCGCAAACAGCAACAGCAACUCGCCAAAGUGUGACAUUGUGUUGUCGACCGCCGCUGGUUUUGACGGGGCGAAGGACAGGGCUUCCCCGUCCCCUACAACCUGCAGGACAGCGGCGGCUGCGUCCGUCUCAGGUGGCAGCUUACCUGUCCACAUCAGCGGGAUGCCUUUCCGCUCCGCCUACGACGACGGUUCGUUUUCCGCCAUGGUUGAAGAAGCGAUGCGCUCGCCCUCUCCGCCGCCCUCCACUCGGGCAGGCAGCUCGCUCGCACCGGUCGGAGGGGGGAGGAAAGAGUCUCCCCGGAGCGACGGAGAGUUUUCCCCACACUCCCACUUCAGUGACUCGGAUGAAAUAGCGAUGGAGCUCCACUCAAGUGAGGAAGACGACCUUUCAGAACUGAAGCUUCGCAGCCGCCACCACCACCACACUGUUUCUUUCUGAAUGAUUAGAAAUAAAAAAAAAAUAACAGACUAUAUUAAAGGUUCACUGUAGCCUACAGCAAAGUAAUGUCCGUAAACCGUGUCAAUCAUACUCUGUUGCUCACAAAAUGCAUUUUAAGAAGAUAGAAAUUUGUGCUCCUUCAAAAAAAAGUCAUGUUCAAUUUUUAACAAUAAUUCUAUUUUAUCAACUUGUUGCAUAGUCGAAACAUUAUUUUUUAUGUGAAAUAGGCCUAAUUCGGUUCUGCCAAUAGAUGUAUAGCCUAUAAUUUCCAGUUUCCCUGGAGACGUGGCUGGAAGACCCCUCUGCCAUGUCGCGCGCAGCACUGCCAUGGGUAUCUCCCACGUUACUCCGACCAAAAAUCUGUCUUCCGCAAAAUCACAACUUUAUGGAUAAUUGCUUAUAUUUGAUAAUGUAAAAAACAACAACAUUUUUUGUAGCUACAAUAUCAUUUUUGUUGUGAUUUAUGUUUUAUUUGUCAAUUUGUACGUAUAAUGUAUUUUGUUUUACAACUUCAAAAGUUCAUGAUGUGCACUUUAAAAAUACCUUUACGAGCCAGAGGCUUGAGAAAUGCGACUUUUGUUUUCAAACCAUAAACGAUAUUGUUUUGCUUUGUUUGCUAGUGUAGUACUGCCAAUUCCAUACAAAUAGCCUAUUUAAUGUAGCCAUCAUUGCUGCCUUCUUUUGUACUUUCUUUUGUAUCUUCAGAUGAACUUGUGUGUCUUUUGCUUUCACUGGAUGAGAUUAAUUGACAUGUAUUUAUUGCUGAUAUUUUUCACUUGAUUUGCUUUUUAUAACUCCAUAGUUAAAUUUGCUGGAAGAAAAGCUAUC